UUUAUUUUGCAUAUAGAACUUUUAAGACUUAAGAUUUAACGACGCUCAACACCCCUUGUGAAACCCCUACGUACACGCAAAAACAAGUAGCCGCUCAGUAAUUCUUUGUCACAUUACUUUUUCCGCUUGAUUUCCAAGCGUUUGAUUGAGCCUCUUUUUUUGUUGUCUUUUCCGCCUACAUUUUAGUUUUUUUUUUGCCCUAACAACGGAAAAUAUGUACAUAUGUACAGACCUUUAUAUAUAAAACCAAAUUUAUAAUUACGUAUUCCUUUUUUCCCAUGCGUAAUUUACUACGAGCUGUUUCAUUAUUUUUUACAUAUUCCAACAUUUCCACCACACGUUCCCUCAUCAUAACAACCGAUAACAAACCGCCAGUGGCUUAGUAACCGGCAUUACUUUCAUACCACGGGUAUGAAAUGAGCACGCUAAUAGGCAGACGCACUGUGUAUGCCGCCUAUUAUAGUAAUGCUUACAUACACGCAUACAUAUGCAAUUGAUUUGAUUGGAAGGUAAGCCAACCCAACUGGACGGAUAAAUGGUGCCACUAAAGUUCUAACAACACAAUCGACUUCAGUGAUAGUGCAACAAACGAAAUGCUGACAACGCAAUCUGAAAAAUUUACACGCCUGGAAGAAAAUUACAAGCUUUAAUAAGUUUAAAAUUUUUACUUGUGCCCAAAUAUGUUCUCUCUUUUGGCGAAAUUCGCCAAGGAUAUUGAUUGCUUAUUAGAGACAUAUCCAAAAAUGUCAUCAGCACCAUACAACUAUAAUUACAUCUUUAAGUAUAUAAUCAUCGGUGAUAUGGGAGUAGGCAAGUCAUGCCUGCUGCAUCAGUUCACAGAGAAAAAAUUCAUGGCGAAUUGCCCACAUACGAUUGGUGUGGAGUUCGGUACACGGAUCAUUGAGGUCGAUGAUAAGAAAAUCAAAUUGCAAAUCUGGGACACAGCGGGUCAGGAGCGUUUUCGUGCCGUGACGCGUUCAUACUAUCGUGGCGCGGCUGGUGCGCUUAUGGUUUACGAUAUUACUAGAAGAUCUACUUAUAAUCAUCUCAGCAGUUGGCUAUCUGAUACACGUAAUCUCACAAAUCCCAAUACUGUGAUCUUUUUAAUUGGCAACAAAUCAGAUCUUGAAAGUACACGCGAAGUGACCUAUGAAGAGGCCAAAGAGUUUGCUGAUGAAAACGGUUUAAUGUUUUUGGAAGCUAGUGCAAUGAGUGGUCAAAAUGUUGAAGAAGCAUUUCUUGAAACUGCGCGUAAAAUAUAUCAAAAUAUACAGGAGGGACGUCUGGAUUUGAACGCUUCUGAAUCGGGCGUACAACACCGACCAUCACAACCAGGACGAACUUCGCUAACAAACGAAGCACCAAAUACAAAAGAUCAAUGCUCAUGUUAAAUAUGCAUUAAUUCCACAUACAAAUUUCUCUUCUCUUUUUGUUUAUGUAUUAUUAUAUUUUCAUUUAUCUACUUAGUUAAGUUUAACUAUAACGAAGCAAAACAAGUAAUUGCUAUUAAAUCUAAGUAAAAAAAUUAUACAAUUUAAAUGAUAAUUAUUAAAGAGAUACAUCCAUACAUAUAUACGUUUAGGAACUAGAAAACGCAAAAUCGAACAAUGUUUAGCGAAUUAUAAACAGAUGGUAGUGCUGAGAAGUGCUCUUGCGUUAUACUAUAUGUAUGAAGGAUUUCUUGUCUUCACAAUAUGCAUAGCAAAAGUUAGUUGAGACUUCUCAAAUGCUGGGUUGAUCCAACCAGCUGCAUUUCAAAUGUUUUCACGCGAUUUUCUUUAUCUUUUGUGAUUGAUUCACGAUAAGAACAGUAAAUGGUUAUUAAUGUAAUAUUUUCAUAAGCGUUAAAGACGUGCGUAAUACAAAAUGAGAAUGCAAUAAAUGUAAGGUAGUCCAAUAAAACAAAAACAAUAAAUAUCUAUUUAGUGCAGGUGUAACGGUAUUUAAAUACAAUAAUAGCCAAUUCAGUUAUAAAAUACACUUAUAAUUGCACACAAACAAUUGUGGUAAAGUACAACACGAAUAAAUAAUUUUAAUUCAUAAUUAAAAAUUAAAGAUUGAUACAACUGCUGUCA